GGGUAAAGAUCUCAUUACAACUCUGUGAAAUGUAGGCGACACAGGAACAGUGUCCCAGACUUGACCAAGCUAAAUGAUCAAACCAUUUAACCGUUAGGUGUUUUACAUCGCAGAUCGAUAUCUCAUCAGAAUCCACUUGGUGCCCAUAUCGCAUGUCAUAAUGUCAAAGUCGGAUUUCCCUCCAGCCUAUGAAGAUGCACUGCAUGGCCCUAGGCCCCGGCAUGGGAACUACCCACAGCCCCCACCAGCAUAUGGACCAUACCCUGCUCAGUCCUCAGCACAAUACCCAGGACAAGCAGGGUACCCUCUGGGCUACCCUCCAUCUGGGAUGCCUUAUUCCAUUCCUCUAGGAAUGCCCACCUCCAACACAGUGGAAGACGAUGAAUUUGCAUAUUCUACAGCAUGGGAAAGCAUUUCUARUCGACAUGCAUUCAUCCGAAAAGUGUACUUAAUAUUGGCUGCUCAGCUCAUCGUCACUGUAUCAAUCGUGGCUGUGUUUACAUUUGUUGAGGAAGUCCGUGCGUUUGUCAUUAGGAACCCAGCCGUGUAUUGGGCAUCUUUCGCUGUUUAUUUUGUCACUUACUGCCUUCUUGUCUGCUGCAAAGGGCCAGGGAGACGCUUUCCUUGGAACUUUGUGCUGCUGGCCAUUUUUACACUGGCCAUGUCCUACAUGACAGGAACAAUAUCAAGCUACUAUGACACAAAAGCAGUGUUUCUGACCAUUGGAAUAACAGCAAUAGUGUGCAUAAUUGUCACCAUCUUCUGCUUUCAAACUAAGGUGGAUUUUACAUCUUGUGGGGGACUUUUCAGUAUUCUUGCCAUCGUAGUCUUGGUUACUGGGAUCAUCACAGCCAUCGUACUAUCCUUUAAAUAUGUCCCAUGGCUUCAUAUGCUCUAUGCUGCAAUUGGAGCUGUCGUUUACACCCUGUUUUUAGCAUACAACACCCAGCUUCUCAUCGGAAACCGCAAGCUUUCCAUCAGCCCAGAGGAGUAUGUUUUUGGAGCACUUUCACUUUAUGUUGAUAUUGUCCAGAUCUUCAUUUUCCUCCUGCAACUAGUUGGGGCUUCCACAGAUUAAAGGCAGGAGGAUGACAUACAACCUAGUGUGGAUAGAUCCUUCUUAUAUUGUAUUUUUUCACCUCAAACUGUUGCUGCUCAUACAGGACUGUAAAUUAUACUUAUUUUUUUGUCUUUUAAAGCCAUUAACAUAACCCUAUGAGAGUGCUGCAAACUUUCAAUUAAGAUUAUAUAUUUAUAGUAUAUUUACUUAUUAUUCCCAGAAUGGAUGUUGGUUAUGUGAUGAUUUGGUAAGUUAUGAAUGCAAUAUGCAUACAUGAUUGUCUGAAUCGCAUUUGAUUUGACCUACAUAUGUUUAAAAUACAUUUCGUUGCCUUUUUCCUUAAACUGUAAGAAUGGAAAACAUAAUUAAUGCAUUGUCAAAAUGGCUCAAUAAACUGUCUUUGUAUGCA